CCGGAAAACCUUUAAUUGUAUAAACAUUUAUUCAAGUCAUGCAGCUUAUAUUUUAGAAUUUUUUUGAAAUAUUAUUAUUUUUGUUGAAUGGUUCAAUCGUAAAAAACAUUUUGAAUUUUUUAAAUAUUUUAUAAGAAUUUUCAUGUGGUGAAGAAUUAGAAUAAAUUGUCACGAUCAAUAAUUAUAAUCUUCAAUAAUAAGCAAUUUAAAUGGCAAUAAACAAUUAAUGUUAAUGACUUCAACAAUAGCACAUUACUCCAAAAGAAUUCAAUUAGUACAAUUAAAACAAUUUAUUAAUUUAAUAUAAAAUACAAUCACCAAAGCAUGUGUUUUUAUACGCCUCAUCAGGAAAUAUUAAAACAUAUUAAACAAAUAUAUUAUUUUUUUAUACUAUAGUAACGUAUUGUUAUAAUGUAAAUACCUAAUAUUAACUUCCGAAUUAAAUUAAUUUGUGACAUGUCUGAUUUUUGUUUUCUAUCAUAAAUGGAAAUAUCCAUAUAUGUUUUCUGUACAUAGUCAACGCGAAUUAUUCUAUACUUAAUUAAAUGUUUUCUAAUUGUAAACGAAAAUCGAACUAACUAAAAUUAUGAUUUCAAGUAAUACACUAGCGAUGUUCCGAGCCAUGUCUGCACUGGCAUUGCUGCUACUGCUGAUCGUCGGUGGCCUGCCAAUUCCGAUAAAUAGCGAAGAAAAUGAAGAUACGAAAAAAAAUAACGUGAACGAAUUUCGCAGUGCACCGCCUACUGGUGAUGGAAAUUUCAGGGACCCACUCGAGAUCUUGGGCGUGAAAUUCCCGGAGUCGAAAAUUAUACAUUUGUGCAAGGCAAAUGUGUACAUGUACGCCGAUUUCGUUUCGGACGUGACUUUUCCGACGGACGCCAGCAAACUUUGCGGGUCCGUUUGCAAAAGUUACCGAGAAUCGAUGUACACUGAACAGGGGGUAACGGUGUCUCUGAUAAAUUCAAACUGUGAUUAUACCGGUGACACGAUCAUCGUGGAACAUAAUGCGAACGAAACUCACCCGGCCACGUGUCCCGACCUGAGCACCGCGUGUGUGUGCGCGUACAACGUUCGUUGCAACAGGAAAACGAAACUUAUGAAGUACACGUUGACGCCGAACGAAAAAGGAUACCUCAGGGUGUUGGCGGCAGACUGUGGGUCGUCCGGUUACGUCACUUGA